AUGAGCUCCAAGUUCCUGCUCGACAGUAUGCUGCCCAAGUACCACCACCAGCUGUACCAGCACCAGCAGCACCACCAGCACCUGCUGGCGCCGCCGGGCGCGUCCACGCUCUUCUCGCCGUCGCCCGACUACUCGGGCGCCGUCGCCAGCAACAACUCGCCCAGCUCCGGCGGCUCGUCGUCGCCGCCGCCGCCCCCGACGGCGUCGGCCGUGUCGUCCGCGGCGGCGGCCGCGGCGGGCCGCAUGUACCCGUACGUGAGCGCGGCCGCCGUGCACCACCACCACCACCAGGCGUUCGCCGGGGGCGGCAUGGUGCCGCCCGGCGCCUUCACGUCGCCGUCGGCCGCGCUGGCGGCGGCGGCGGCCGUGGACGCGGUGGCGGCGGCCGCCGCCGAGAAGAGCUGCCGCUACACCGCGGGCUCCGGGGGCGGCACCGGCGGCGGGGGCGGCGCGGGCGGCGGUGGUUCCGGCGGCGGAGGCGGCGCACCGCCCCCGAGCAGCGCGGCGGACGCCAUGGCGGGCUACAAUUCGCUGGCGGCGGCGGCCGCCGCGUCGCACCACCACAACCACCACGCCUCUGCAGCCGGGGGCGGCGCCGGGGGCGGCUCGGGCGCCGGGCAACACAACGGCGCCGGGGCCGUGGCGGCCGCCUCCAGCCCCUCGGGGGCGGUCGUGUCGGCGUCGGCGUCGGCGGCGGCGGCCACGGCGUCCGCCUCCAUGGCGGCGGCGGCGCAGUUCUACCACCAGGCGGCGGCGGCGGCUGCGGGGGCGGGCGCCGACCCGCUGGGCACGUCCUGCUCGCAGCCGGGGGCGGCGGCGGCGGCUGCCACGCAGCCCCUGCCGGACAUCCCGCGCUACCCCUGGAUGUCCAUAACUGACUUUCCCCCACCUGAUUGGAUGAGCCCAUUCGACCGCGUUGUCUGUGGGCCCAACGGCUGCCCACGGCGACGCGGCCGGCAGACCUACACGCGCUUCCAGACGCUGGAGCUGGAGAAGGAAUUCCACUUUAACCACUACCUGACGCGACGCCGGCGGAUAGAAAUCGCUCACGCGCUCUGCCUUACGGAGCGCCAGAUCAAGAUCUGGUUCCAGAACCGCCGCAUGAAGCUCAAGAAGGAGCUGCGCGCGGUCAAGGAGAUCAACGAGCAGGCGCGCCGCGAGCGCGAGGAGCAGGACCGCCUGAAGCAGCAGCAGGAGAAGAAGCUGGAGCAGCAGCAGCAGCAGCAACAACAGCAACAGCAGCAGCAGCAACAGCAGCAGCAGGCGCCGCCGCAGCAGCCGCCGCAGCAGCACCACACCAUCAGCCACCACCUGCACGACCAGCACAAGCUGGGGCUGGAGAAGGCCCCUCCGGGCGCGGACCUGCUCAAGGCGGUGGCCAAGGUGCCCACCUAG